AUGAUGAUCGCUUUUGUGCUAUUUGACUAUGGCUGUAAGGAUAUCAUUGAAUCAAUACCUGCCUACAGUUCUCGGUAUGGCAGUAGUGCAGUGCAUGUGGUGGACAAUACAAUUUUGAGCUCUGUCUUUGUACCAUUUAAAUGGGGUAGGAGCACACGGCUUGAAAUUUUGAAGAUUGCAAGUGACAAACAGCCCGUUGCAUAUAAAAGCUUGUUAUCGGCACUCGAGAGCUCGUCGGUGUUGGGCACAGGCAGUUGUCUGGAUAGGAUGGUGCACGGAUAUAUGGGAAAGAAAGUCUUAUCCAUGAGAAACGAGGAUAUUAGGCCUAAUGUUAUCGUGUUUACCAUCGAAACUAUGCGAGCAUACGAAAAUUCCGGUCUACGCGUGCCUAUGUAUAAUGGAACGACGGUCAGUCUCACACCAAACCUGGAUCGACUACGAUCAAGAGGCGCCGACUGGCGCAAUUUCUACACAGUCAAUGUGAACUCACCAGGUGCGUAUUAUGCACAGGAACAUGGGCACUAUAAUGAUGGGGGUGGGCACACUUACGAUGAACGUUUGCAUGGGUAUACAGAAGUGUUGGAUAAUAUGGGCUAUGAAAUGUACAGACUCACUCCUGAUGGAUUCGCCUCUAGUCCCGGGUAUCAAAAAGUACCUUAUCCGAACAAGGUAACUGCCUAUCUCGGGGAAUGGGGUGGCUGGUUCACGUCGAAAGAUAUACUACUGAAGCACCCAAUGGUGAAAGCAAUAAGCAAGCACAAAAAAAAACACGGAGACGAUCCUUAUUAUUUGGAAGUACGCACACCAGGGGGAACGCAUAUAAUGUGGCAGUUAUUUGAAGACUCUGAGAAGGAGUUCAGUGAGGAGUUCACAGCUGGCUUGGAACAGCUCAGAGAAAAAGCUAUGAACGAAGUAUUCCCAACUGCUGACGGUGUUCACCACAAAGAUUACUACAAAGUGGAAGACAAAAACGAGCUUUACAGAGAUAUGCUGAAAACAUACUGGCUAGCAGAUCAGUUCAUAGGCAAAACGCUGGACGAUCUGAGAGCGAAAGGUCUCGCAAAGAACACUCUGGUGAUUGUGCAAGGUGACCAUGGUCACGGCCUUGAACACGGCGUCGCUACUGUCCCUAUGCGGGAACAAUACCAUGUACCAUUCGUGGUCAGUGAUGUGGACGAUGAUGUCAUACACUCAUCAACGCGAAACAUUACCAAUAAAGAGGUAUCCAGUAACCUGGAUUUUGGAGCAACACUACUCGAUUUGUUGAACGCGCCAGGCUAUGUCACCGAUGGAAUAGGUCACUCCCUAAAUCGAAAGAUGAACUCGAAAGGAAACAAGCGUCACAUUGUGUCUCGCCAUGGAGGAGAGUGGAUUGUGCGCAACCAAACACACACAAUGAACUUCUACCCCAGCGGCAGUUUGGUGGAUAUAAAGGUGUGGGAUACGAGUAUAGAUCCUUAUCAGCAAUACGCACCUCACGUGUAUAGUGUACCGAAUACGGAUGAUAUUCAUCUGCACUGGCUUCAUACAUACAGGGAGAUGAGUCUUCUGUGGGAGAAGUCCAUUGAAAGCUGUGGACAGCAUUUCAAUCAGACACCCACAGUUCAAUGAGCUAGGAGGGCUCGCUCACCAAGUAUUCAUCACAUCACUAAGGGCAUCAAUAGGCACCGCAAAUAAGUCAUAAGCAUCUUGAUUCACGCGUACGUGCAGUGAACCGUCGAAAGCAAAAACCCCAUAUCAGGGAGGAGCUCUGAGCCACAACCAUCGUAGUUUAUUCGUACAAUAUCAGUAGGUGAACUCACAUCCGGAUCAUAAUACACACAAGCAGUGGGUUAUGCACAUACGCUGCCUGAACUUUCAUUUUUCAAGUUGUGUGGAAGCGAG